AUGACCGACAGUUCAGUUGAAGCGGAGUCCGCUAUCAAAAGAAGAAAGAUAGAAGACGACAACAACAACAAUGACGACAAGGUCGUUCAGCAUCACCAAUGUCAGUUGUUCAUCAAGCGGAAGAAUAGAUACUGUUCCAUGCAGCGAAAGGCUACAGAGAAGUACUGUUCGGAACACAUGAUUCAUGACAAUGACCAAGAAGGCAAGAAAAAGCGAGUGCCAUGUCCCUUAGACCCCACCCAUACUGUCUGGGAGUACAACUUGAAGAAGCAUGUCAAGAAGUGCAACACCCGACCCUCCGAAGUACAUGAUGAAUGGUACGAAUUGGAUGUGAAUUCACAGAAAAAGACCUCAGACAAAGAGUCUGGCGGGGGGACUGCUCUUGACGACAAGGAGCUCUACGCCAAAUACAUUCCUAUUUUACGGAACUACGAGAUCCAAGACUUGGAGUACCGCAUUGAAGAUCACAGUGGAUGUUGGGGCAGAAUUGGGGAAUUGAAGAACCAAAAACAUGCGUUGCAACAGCUGUCGUUGAUUGGGAACCUCCGUGACCAAGGACUUCUUUCCAGUUCCAAGUUCUAUGUUGAAUUUGGAUGUGGGAAGGCAGAGCUUUCUCGGUAUGUGAAUUUGUGCAUCGAACAAGAUGAGAAGAAGCAAGAACAUCAAGAACAAUAUGGUUAUGGUUUAAUUGACAGGGGAGUCAACAGAAUGAAGAUGGACAAGAAGAUCUUGAGUGAAUCAUCCAAGAAACCCACUGUAUUGAGAUCUUUAAUGGACAUUAAAGACUUUUCACUUGCCAAGUUUCAAAAUGUGUGCAAGUCCCAACACAUCGUUGGUAUUUCCAAGCACUUGUGCGGUGCAGCCACGGACUUGACAUUGAAUGCCGUUCUUCAGACCCAAAUGAGAGGAAUAGACGGCAUUCUUAUAGCCAUGUGUUGCAGACAUGUGUGCUUGUGGGACCAACUCUUGCCCAGAUCACGUGACUACUUGACAGAGCAUGGGUUCCCCGAUGAACAAGCCUUUUACAUACUUAAAAAGAUGGUUUCAUGGGCUAUCAGUGGGGUAGGCCAAGCUGGUGACAACACGCACGUGAGUGGGUUAACGGUUAGUGAAAGAGAAGAGUUGGGGUUAAAAGCCAGAAGACUCGUGGAUCAAAGUAGGGUGGAAGCCGUUAUUGACACCCUAACACCACUCCAAAACCAGUAUAGGACAGAGAUGUUUUGGUACACCACUAGAGACAUAACCUUAGAAAACGUGGCCCUAUUGAUCAAAAGAAUUGAAGAUUAA